GAGAAGCGCGCACUCUCACCCGGCGUGGAAACACCUGUGGCGGCCGUAAUCGAGACCGGAGCUGAAAAACAUCUCUCAGUUUGAUUCCUUUGUCCCAACACCCUGCAUCUCCACCUGACUGCACCGCCGCCUCACGCCCACGCAGCCCACCGUCCGUGGGGUGGGCCACCAUGUGGGUUCUGGAUAAGAUCCGCGGCUCGGUGGAGACGGGCGUGCUGCGGCACGGGGAGAAUGCCGACAAGAAAGGUGCGGCGGCGCCAUACACUAACAUCCUAACACCCGACAAGAUCCCGGACUUCUUUAUCCCACCCAAGCUGGUCAGCUACCCCCCCGAACCUGAGAUGGCUCCAUCCGAGUCCCCGCAGCCCUCGUCGUCGGAGCAACCCGUCAGCGGCGGGAAGAAAACCGCCGCCCCUAAGAGCCCCCGUUUGAUGGCCAAGUUGGCGGGAGACACAAAGAACCUGCUGAAAGUAGCCAACCGCCAUAUCAUCCAGAUCGAAAGCGCCGACGACGUCGUUGGGGACACCAACGCUGACCCGCAGUCGCAGACCGCCAUGUCUCUCCCCUAUGUCCCCAAAACCCAAACGUCCUACGGCUUCACCACUUUGAAGGAGAGCCCUCACACUCGCCGCAAAGAGUCGCUCUUCCACACUGACAUUACCAGUCCGAUGACCUCCCCCAACAGCCAGAGGAAGACGCCAGGAAAGAGCGACCACCUGAACCCCGCCGACUUCAAUACCCCGCACAUGAACCCGUACCGCUACUUCAGCGGCGGCGAGAGCGACACCUGCUCCUCGGCCGAGUCGUCGCCCUUCAGCUCGCCGCUGCUGUCUCGCUCCGCCUCCCUGCUCAAGAUCUUCACCCACGAGACGCAGGCCAAGGUGGUGAAGGCUAAGCGUUCCUUCGCCCGCCACAGCUCUCUCUCCACCGACGAGUGCAGCUCGGCCGAGCCUAGCCCAGGCAUCCAGCGCCGUCUGCACAUCCCGUCCUUCCACUGCGGAGGCACGUCGGCUCCGGAGCACGGCACGCAGCGAGAACAUACCGUCAACCUGCACAAGGGCGGGAGCGUUCGCAUUAGCGCCCACUACGACGCCGGUACAUCCCGCCUGCGCGUCCGCGUCCUAGCGGCCGAGAGUCUUUACGACAAACACUUUGACAUCAAGAGCAUCAACUGCUGCGUGUCGGUCUACCUGAACCCGGGCAAGAUGCAGAAGCAACGCAGCAACAUUAUCAAGAACAGUCGCAACCCCGUCUUCAACGAGGACUUCUUCUUCGACGCCGUCGGCCCGCUCCAGGUCAAGAACCUGUCACUCAAGCUCAAGGUGGUCAAUAAAGGUACCAGCCUUAAAAGGAACACUCUGCUGGGCGAGCGGGAGGUCCUCCUGAGCAAGCUACUUUCAGGGGUUUGAACUCCAAAAAGCAAAAAAAAAAAAAAAACAACCCAAGGCCUCUUGAGGACCUUCAAAAGUUCUUUGCACUGCUUUAUACCUUCCUGUCAUUCGUUAGGACACAUUUCCUCCGGGGCAUACGAUUCGCUUUGGGACGCUUUGUUUCAGUCCAAGAAUAUGACAAAAAGAAAAAAAGCUCACUAUAAUCUGAAGAUAACUAUAAUUUAGUGGAGGAUUUUCGCUAAAUACUGUAUUUUAUGAGCACUGAGCGGAGCAAUGAAUGGACUCAUUUGCCGGGAAGCAAGGUAGAUCAUGUGUAAAUGUAAAAAAGCAGACAGAGACACAAGGGGCAAAACUACACAAAAACAACUGAAGCUUCAGGGGCCGUUUACGUGGUGGCUGUUACGUCCCAAGGACGGCUCGCGAAGGGCGUAGCAUAAAACGAGCCACACAAAUUCACAAGUGGACUCAAAUUUAUUUACACAACAAUCAAACUCGCAAUGAAUAUGUACAGAAUGCCGACGAAGCGUGACUUCAGGGUAAGCCCAGGCCAAAACAACAAACAAAAGGAACUACACUUAAACCCCACCCGCUAACUAAACCCUGAUCAUGUAAAAGGACCAAAGAAAAAACAGCUUCUCACCUAACUUCCUACUCUAUACAAAACAGGAGAAAACAGGUUGAACAGAAAUGGCGACUUACCCUUACUUGCUUCAGUGCUCUUAUUUACAGUGGUGAACAAAAACGAUCCAAUAAUGACUAAACACAAAAGACCUCACAGAAAAAGCGGGAGUAUAUCAAACUAGCGAUCAAAUGCAAAUGAGCGUGAAUGGCGAGCAAACAGCUGGCGAGGAGGACCGCGGCAGAAUGCUGUCAAAUGCGACCUCCCAAAGCGUUGACAGCGGCAGGUUUAAGAAGCUUGGCGCCUUUUUUCGUGGCCAAUCAGCGGCGGUGACGUCGUCGGUCCGUCCUGCGUCGAUCAGCUGUCGUCACAGUGGGAGGGGAAGCAGCUGAGUGGAAGAAUCUCAGAAAAUUAACUAUUAAACGGCCAGGGCCGUCGCAGUGGCUCUCCGAGAAGACGAAAAAUUUCAUGUCUGAAUUUAUAUAAGUCUGUCUCCAUUCGAACAAUGUCACAAUUCCGCAUGAAAAGGAUGUUGUAUUCAUGCCAGGCCCCAGGGGGCAGUGCAUAUUUAUUUAUUUAUUUAUUUUUAUUUUUAUUUUAUUUUUUUCCCUUCAGGCAUGACAAAUCCAAACAAACAUACAACAUUUAUAUGUGUUUACAAUUAAUUCAACCCGAAAAGAAAAAGGGCUGACGGGAGAAACCGAAUCUUGUUGAAACUCGUCCCCAGUAUACCAUAUAGGACGCAGAAAAUAUCAAAUAACAAUUUUUGAUAUUCAGAUUUCGUAAUGAUGACAAGUUUUUUAUUUUUAUUUAAAUUUUUUUUUUUUAUAAUAACCAUCCCCUCUGAUUGUUCAUUUUCCCAAUAGUCCAUUGUCGACCAUGGCAAUGUGCUCGUUAUGUUGACUAGAUCCAGUAGAUUAGUUCAUAAUUCAGUAAUUAGUUUAUUCAGUUGAUUCGAUCCAGGAUAAGGAAUAGCUAAAAUGCGUCCUUCACCUUCGAGUGUCUGUGUUGAAUUUCCCCGAGGUGACAGCGAAUGAUGCACUUUGACCUCCUCAGCCCGGAAGACAACAUGCCCGCCCACUCCAAGCCAUGGCAUUUUUUUUUGGUUCAAAAAGGCACAAAAAUGGAAACAUUCAACAUAUUUAAAUUAAAAACUAGGGCUGUCAAACGAUUACAAUUUUUACUCGAGUUAAUCACAGCUUAAAAAUUAAUUAAUCGUAAUUAAUCGCAAUUCAAACCAUCUAUAAAAUAUGCCAUAUUUUUCUGUAAAUUAUUGUUGGAAUGGAAAGAUAAGACACAAGACGGCUAUAUACACUCAACAUACUGUACAUAAGUACUGUAUUUGUUUAUUAUAAAAAUAAAUCGACAAAAUGGCAUUAACAUUAACAUUCUGUUAACGCGAUCCAUGGAUAAAAAGUAGUACUUGUAGUUCUUAAAAGAUAAAUGUUAGUACAAGUUAUAGAAAUUUUAUAUUAAAACCUCUCUUGAUGUUUUUGUUUUAGUUUUAAUUAAAUUUGUAAAAUUUUCAAUCAAAAAAUAAACUAGUAGCUCGCCAUCGUUGAUGUCAAUAAUUAAACAAUGCUCGUGGUGCUUAAACCCAUAAAAUCAGUUGCACCCAAGCGCCAGCAGAGGGCGACAAAACACAAAAAAACCCACAAGUAAUAAAUGGACAUGACACUGUGCUGUCAUUUUCAUCUGUUUGAGCGGGGCAUGUGCGUUAAUUGCGUGAAAUAUUUUAACGUGAUUAAUUAAAAAAGAUAAUUACUCCCCGUUAAAGCGAUAAUUUUGACAGCCCUAUUAAAAACAUUAUAAAACAGUAAAUAAAAGCCGAC